GAGCGACGACGUCACGGCAGCGCGAUAAAGUAGCGUCUGGUGGCAAAGAACCGCGAGCUAUCUAGCGAGGCCGCGACCCUGAGCCCGAUACGAAGACGCGUGCACGACUCCGCGCGAGUAGUGGUGGUAGCAAACGAUAGCGAAAGAAGCGGAAUAGUCGGCGUUACGUACGCGAGACGCGAGUGAGAGAGAAAGAAGGUACGAGGGGAUACACGAUUCGCGGGCUCGCGAAGAGGGAGAGAGAAAGAGAGAGAGAGAACGGCCAGGCUAUCGCUGGCGGUCCGAAAGGUCGCGGGUUCACGAUUGCUCCUGCGGAGUUGUCGGGAGAACAUGACGAUCUGCCAACGACGCGUCUGAUGCCUCCUCUGGUGUCUUCCCAGUGCGCCGAAGGACGACGAUCAGGGAAGUCUUCUCGAUCCCUCUCGAGGAUCGGUACGCUGACUUUUCGAGUCCGCGGACUUUUCCGUAAUUCGUCGUGAACUAUUCGAGUUGACACGCCGAUCCGUCGCAUACCAAGAGAUAUCUUCGCGGGAAGCGAUACAUACACAGUGUGUUACCGUUUAUGUGACGGAUACGCUACGCGUGUAGAUACGUUGUUUCGUAUAUAACAUACGCGCGGCUCGCGCGAAUUUACGUGGGACAAGAUGCCGCUUUUCGGCAAGAAGGACUCGAACAAAAAGGUCAAGAAGGAUGGGAAGGAUGACAGAUCGCCCUCCGUCGAGGACAAAUACAUCCUGACGGAUUUAUUGGGCACGGGUGCGUUUUCCGAAGUGAGACUAGCGGAAAGUAAAGAGAAGCCUGGUCAAAUGUUUGCCGUGAAGAUAAUCGACAAGAAGGCGCUAAAGGGAAAGGAGGAUUCAUUAGAGAACGAAAUCAAAGUCCUGCGAAGGUUCAGUGAAAGUGCGACACCACAGAGUGGUGGCGGAUCGCUCAGGUCGGAUAGUAGUGGCGAAAAGAGAUGGUUAACUCAUCCCAAUAUCGUUCAAUUACUGGAGACAUUUGAGGACAAACACAAGGUCUAUCUAGUUAUGGAGUUGGUUACUGGUGGAGAGUUGUUUGACAGAAUAGUCGAAAAAGGUUCGUACACGGAAAAAGAUGCGUCCGGCUUAAUAAGACAGGUGCUCGAGGCGGUCGACUACAUGCACGAACAGGGUGUCGUUCACAGAGAUCUCAAGCCCGAGAAUCUUCUGUAUUAUAGCUCGGAUGAGGAUAGUAAAAUUAUGAUCAGUGAUUUCGGCCUAUCGAAGAUGGAAGAUUCCGGAAUUAUGGCGACCGCAUGCGGCACACCGGGAUACGUCGCACCCGAGGUUCUGGCGCAGAAGCCGUAUGGCAAAGCGGUGGAUGUUUGGAGUAUAGGUGUCAUCUCGUACAUCCUCCUAUGUGGCUAUCCUCCAUUCUAUGACGAGAACGAUGCCAAUCUAUUCGCGCAAAUUCUGAAAGGUGAAUUUGAAUUCGAUUCACCAUAUUGGGACGACAUCAGUGAUUCCGCGAAGGAUUUCAUUCGAAAGCUGAUGUGCGUCAAUGUCGAGGAGCGUUAUAGCUGCAAACAGGCCCUUGCACAUCCUUGGAUUUCCGGCAACGCGGCUAGCAAUAAGAACAUUCACGGUACCGUAUCGGAACAACUUAAAAAGAACUUUGCCAAAACGAGGUGGAAGCAAGCAUAUUACGCGGCCACGGUCGUACGGCAAAUGCAACGGCUGGCACUAAACAGCGGUCAGCAACAACAACAGCAGCAGCAGCAGGUGCAAGAGGGCAUAGGUUCCUCUGGCGACAACCCCGUGCAAUAUCGAGAGCAAUCGCAAAUCAAUUACAACCAACACACGGGGAAGUUAGGGUCGUUACCCUCGAGCCAUCUCAGCAACUGAAGCAGAGUACAUCACUCGACUUGUCAUCAAGUCUGCUGACGUUUACGAAUCUCACUUCUUAUGCCAUUCCGAUUACUCCCGCCGAUCGUUCGCCGCCGACGCUUAUAUACAUAUGCAACAAACGCUUCAAGCUGUGGGGCAGCAUACGACACACCGCUCUCUCUUUCUACCCAUUCUAUUUUGGAACUGUUCGGGACAAUGUGCCGCAACUUAGGAAGCAACAGAAGCAUAAGAAGAAUUGAAUCCAGGUAAAGUCAUGUGCAUAUGAAAGACGGGAUCAAUCGAGUCGCAUCACGUGAUGUCGCUUUCAAGUACAGGAAUGACGGAGAUAAAUUAUAAAGCCAAUUUGUGCUUCGCAUUGGUAACACACAUACACAUACACACACGCACACACAAAUUAAGAGACACAAUUGACAUCGAAAGGAAUAAAUCACAAUUCGCUUUGGAGGUCCCAUGCGAUACGACUCUCGUAUCUUCUUCUACGGCAGUUACUUUUGCUUAGGCUUUAUUCUUAUGAUUUAUGAUGUUUCUUGUGUUACACACGUAUAAGCAAUAGGUCGUGUAGCAAUUUACAGUAUACGUUUCGCGUCGAUCUGAUAGAUAAAAGACGGUCGCAUCUCUCUAAAGAUACAAGACUUGAAGAUUGCGUGCCGCGAUUAUGUCCGCAAUCACUUUGUUAAAUCAAGUCCGCUCUAUUAUAUAAUGUAACGUUAUAUAUAAAUAUAUACAUUAUGCGAACAGUACAACGACAAGUUUUUAUAUUUUAUAAAAAAUUUGGUGUAAUAAGUAGCGCGGCUGUUUGAUACAAUUCUGUGCAACAUAGAGACCUUGUACUAUUAGAUCACGGAUGAAUAUGAGAAAUUCCACUACGGUUCCUAUGUAAUUCGAUUCUCACUCACUCUAUAAUAUACAUCUCAGAGAAUGAUAGAGAAUGAUUUGUUAUAUAUUUACACAGAGGUCAUAGUUUACUUCUUCUGGGUGAUCCGCGAAAACCUAUUAUCCAAAAAAUGCAGACGAUAUAUCGAGAGGUCGCUUAGUGCACAGAAACAUAGCCUGAUAUCUAUUUCCUUCUCUCUCUCUUUUUUCUUUUUUUAUUAACAGAUUUUAUUUCUAUAUAUAUAUAUAUAUAUAUAUAUAUAUAUAUAUAUAUAUAUUUUAAAUAUAAUUGAGACAUGUCCUUACUUAUAUAAAUGCUUGCAUAGCAAACACUUGUACAAUAUACUAUUCUAUACAAUACGUAUCCUACACAUGCACUUAUAUAUAUAUACAUAUAUUACUUUUCUCUCUCUUCUACUCUUCAUAUAUAUAAUGAUAUUACAUAGGAUUAACACAUAGGAUCUGCUGUAAUCUAUGAAUAGGAUUCAUUGAGCUAGUUUGACACUUAAAUAUGUAUAUGUACAUUAUUCUGCUAAUAUAUUAAUAUAUCGCACUAUGUGACACUUCUAUUUCUAUAGGAUACAUAAGGUGUACAUAAUGCACAAAUACAUGUUGAAACUCACAGAUUAUCUUGCAUGCCUGAUUUUAAGAGAUAUGAGAAGCAGUUCUGUAAAGAUACUGUCACGAUUGUAUAAUUAUUUCCUACAUGUAAAAACAUGUUAUGUUAUUUUGUUACUUUACUCUGCUACAAUUUGUGUGACGAUUUAAAAUUUAUAAAUAUGGCAUAUAUAUAUAUGUCUUGUGAACGAAAAUUGUUUUUUGUAAUGAAAAAAGUACACAUUCAUGUAAAGACAAAAUAGUAAUAUUAUUUUUAAUAAUUGAAACUCGUGCCACACACACACACACACACACCACACACACACACACACACACACACACACACACACACACACACAUAUAUAUAUAUAUACAUAUACAUAUACAUAUGAACUGUUAUACUGUAUAGGAGCUAACAAUUUUUACGCCUGUUUUAUUUUAUGAUUGUGAGAGAAAUUGAAGAGAGAUUAAGAUCAUCUUCUCUCACGCUGUAGCGCGAAUUUCUCCCUGACAGUUGACAUUGCAUCCAUUGAGCGAGAUUCCAACAUUGCUCUGGAGUCAUAUACUUUAUCAUUGUAUUGAAAGUGGCAUAAGAUGGAGAUCUGAAUAGUUUAGUAGUAAGAACAGUUGUCCGGAAAGCGAAAAACGGUUUCGCUUCCUGAUUCAGCCACCUCGCAUAUUUUUUCAAGUCCACAAAUAUUAUUUGUCGAGCUGAAGAAGUAUGUAAAUGACCUACAUAUACAGAUAUGUCAGUGCCACGGAUUGAUGAUUGCUACAGCGUGUCUGGGCACUAGUGUCAUCUCCCACUACAUACAACUCUGUUUAUUAUUCGAAGAGACGAAAGAGAAUGUUAUUUAAAUGAUCUGAUUUUUUAUCUGUUUAUUGCAUUUUCAUUAUUUUCACUUGCAACGUUAGUAAAAAUAUAAGUUCUCGUAAUAAUAAUAAUUUUACCAUAUUCGUAUCAAUACUGGUAGUCGUGAAAAUCUCUUUUGUGCAAGAUAUAAAAAAGUACAAUUGUAAUUUGAGAUGAUGAGUUUCAUACCAUUAACCUUUACUGCAAAGUGAACUGAGCAUGAAGCUUGUAAAUUACAUCUUAAUCAAAAUACACAUUUUGGAUGCCCCAUAUUUAUCAAAAUUGUUGCUUCAAUGGGUAUUAUAGUCGAGUUUGAUAAUUUGGGAUAUCAUGUAAUGUAAAUUGCUGUUCAAUCGCAAAGCUAAAGUAUCCUUUGCAAGACAUAUCUAUGAAUAAAAAGAGACCGAUUAGCGAUUUCCGUGUUUCACACUUAUAGUUAUGAAAGUAGAAUACUCGGAACAUGUGGCUCUUGUUAAAAAAGAAGAUCUGAGUAGCAAACAAUGUAAAAAAAAAAUAUGCUAAUUGCGCUUUAUCGAACACGUAACUCUAUUAUAGUGUAUAUUCACUCUUUUUCUCAGAAUUAAACUAUGAUAUAAUACGAUAUAAUCUCUUGGCAUUAUAACAUAAUAGGCAUCCGUCCGUACGGCGGACACUUCUCGAUGUAAGGAAAAAUCGUAGAGAAUUGUAGAAAAAAGAAAGCGUACUGAAUCUCGAUUAUGAUCUUAUCUUUGAGGAUGCGUUGGAGAACAUCGCUCUCUAGCAGUGAAUUUCGUCCAAUUAGACAUUUGAAACAUCUUAGCAUUGUGGAUGUAGCUUAUCUUUUUUUUGGUUUUUACGAGGAAACAAUUAUAGCGCCCUGAAUAAUUUAAGUAUUUUUACCUCGCAUCUCGAAUUUCAUGUUCUUGAUCACAACCCUAAGUUCAUUAAUAAUGGAUACUCUCUAUUUUACGACUAUAGAAUAUUUGUCUGGCAGUGCAAUGAACAAGCGAUAUAACAAUAUAUAAAAUUACUGUUAAUUAUAUGCUUUUCAAAGUGUACUAAUCCAACAAAACUAUUAUUGAUGUCUUUCAUUGUGUAAAUUGACUUCUGAAGUGCCUUGGAUGACAUGAUGAUGGUACAUUACCAUACGUGCCAUUAGUAGAGACUUUAGUAAGUGCUUAUAUCACAGAACGUGUUCGAAUAUCUGUGUUGCGAGAUAUCAUUUUUUUUUUCUAUCGAAGUUUGUAGAUUAUAUUUAAAGCGCUUAAGUGUAUCAAUGCGUAAGAAAUAUGUAUGUACAGCGCUCCACAAUUUCUUGUAUGAGUAAAAUGUGCAAAGGAUCGAAGAUUGUUGAUUGAGUAUGUGGACAUGCUGUUUGUAUUUUUCUCAUUAAUACAGUAUAUUGGGAUAGAAUUAAAAUUUUAUAUUAAUCAAUGUAAUCAUUAUAUUGCAGUAAUAGUUCUCUUCGAACGUAUACCUGUGUUCUUUCGAUCCCGAUGCUAAAGUGCUCCGCGUAUAAUCAACAUCAUGUCAUCUAAUAAGAGAGAUUCGCUAGAAAACAUUCGUUUUACGCUAAUAGGCACGCACGUUGUGGGACGGCUCUGCGAUAAAAAUUCUAAAAAAAAGGAGAUCUUUAAAGCGGAGCUUUAGCUUGUAUAUUCAGAAUACCGUGCCACACACAUAUGAACAAACAUAUCGGCAGGAAUACUGUAAAUGUGAUGUAAAGAUAAGCUGAUCCUAAAUAGUGAUGAAAAUAAAUUGUUAAUGCAGUCCUAGCUAAAGAAAAAAAAAAAGUUGUUAAGGCCAAUCUGACUGCUGUGUGCAUAGAGUGAGAACGAGAAAAGAAACGAUAGAAGUAGCGUGAUGUACCACAUGUGGUGUCAAAAGUUUUCUCUUCAUUCAUGGCAAAGACUUUUGACAUAAUCUGUGCGCAUAUCAUUUGUAUUAUAUUACCGAAACAAUUUUUCGAACUUUAUCUAGGAAGCGAGCAUUCUUGUCUAAUGUUAACGCGGUUGCGAUACAUCGAGUACUAAUAUCUUCCUAUCCUAUAUUUUUCUCAUUGUAUAAGGCUUUUCGCGAUUGUUAUGCUAGAAAACGCAAAUGUACCGAGUUCAAUAAUCGCCUCCCGUUGAGACAAUUACUCCCUCCCUCCCCUCUUCCCCUUUCCCAUUUCACAUUAUCGCAAAACAAAAGUUAUAAAGUAUAGAAGAAAACAAAAAAAAAGCUCUCUAUACUGUAAUGAAUAUAAUCGAGAUAAUUCGCGCGUUGAUUUGCUUUCGCGGUUCGAUGUCGCGCGUUGAAGAAUAUAAUCAGAAUAAAUAUAAAAUAGAAUUUAAAAUGUGCCAAUGUGUUUGCGAUGUCUUUUCGGUGAUGUUGGAUCACGCAGGGCUUAUUACCUCUUUGUUAUUAUGCUCGAUUUGGCGAUGUCAACGGCAUAUCACAAUACCUAUCAGGCUCGGCGAGCUUCGGAAGCUUAACUAUUAACAUAGCAUACAGUCUUUACAUACAUAUAUUGCGGCCUAUAUCUGAAAGAAAGCGUGUAAAAUGGGAUGCGAGAGAGAGAGAGAGAGAGAGAGAGAGAGAGAGAGAGGAAAAAUCCUAUUUUGAUGAAUAUUAUUUACACAAAGUGUAUUAUUUAAAAAUAUUUUAUUCUUCAUUAUUGAUUUUUUUCUUCAAAGCAUGAUUGGCCUUACGAAGGAUCGACGUAUGCAUAUUUUGAAAUAGACAUAAGAAAGUAUUACAGUGAACGCGGCGCACGAUUUAAUGUACGAUUUAUCCUACAUUUGUGUGACUUAUUUAGUUGAUUAUGCGUGAUCAUGUGAUUGCACAAAGAUGGGCGCUAUUUUUUGUACGCGAGUUGCUUAUGUAAUUAGAAGAAAAAAAAAUGUCGCAUACAUAUAAUAUACACGUGAAGUACUUUAGAAAGACUGUCUCCGCGCGCGCUAUCUCCACCACCGAAUGACUUGGGACAAUAGUUAGUUUGUUAUUUCUGUUGUUUUUGUACGACUUUAAUCUUUCACGCAUCUUAUACUCGGGUCAUCGGCAAGCACAAUGAUUCUUCCCAUGACGAUCGAAAUCUUUGUGAAUUUCUUUUGAUCUAUAUAUUUGUAUAUACAAAUAAUAUACCGUGGUUAAAAAAAAAAGAUCACAGUAGAAGCGUAAUAAGUUCGUGAUACAUCAAGAGAUAUUUUGUUAAUAAAAUUUAAUUGAAUUGAAUUGAAGAGAAGGCGUGGCAAUGAUGGGAAACGGUAUGAACAUUGUUUAUAUGGUAGUUGAUUGAGAAUGUGAUAAAACUAAUAAAUAUUUAAAAUUCUUGACUCAAUAGCGAUUUAUUAGAAUUUCCUUUCCAAAAAAAAAAGAAAAA